AUCGGCGUCGCUUCUCCCUGCAAAACAGGGCGUGUCGUGUCGUCCCCGAAAGCCAUAAACCACCUACAAGAAGAUUAAAUCCUCGGACACAUAAUCCGUUUCGUACCACCCCCCUCUCCUUCUUAGGUUUCUGGUGUCUGGUGCAGUAGGUCCGGGCAACCCGAAGAAAACGACACGUGGGCACGUACAGCGAUAAGUCUUGGACGCGCGCGUGGAAAAUGGCCCACCCACCGUCACCACCACCCACUGCAACUACACUGCACCCAGGCUCAGAUCGUGGGUGUGGAGAAGAAGGAAAAUAAUUGAGUGAAAUAGUGGCGGCAGCAUUAAAGAAGGGGGUGGGAACAAAAAGAGAAAAAGGAAAAUCGAUUUUGGUUGCAAGUGCAGGAGCUCCCCCCGAAGAAGUGGUGCUUUUCACGUGCAAGGUUUUGGGCUGGCCGAGCCGAGUGUUCCACCCAACCCCUUCUAGUGAAACUCUACCCCCAGAGAGUGGCCAAAUGGCAAGCGUUGCUGAAGUGAAGAGUUCAUAAUCGGCCAACGGUUGACACACACACACUCAACCCUUCGUGGUGUAUCCUACUUAAGGAAGAAAAAAAAAAUAGUGCAACAGCAACAAAAACCAGUGCAAAGUGUUUUCCGGCACGAGGCACAAAACCUCCAAAGUGCAAAAAGAAAAAGUGUGAAUCCCCAACAGCUGCACCAGGAACCGAGGCAAGAUAUUGUCGUGACAGGGAAGAUUUACCGGAUCAAAUAACUUGCGCGAUCGGAUGCAGCCAUGAACCAUCGCCGGAAGGACGGCUAAAAAGCACGUCACCGACAAAAGGAUUAGAGUGUUGUUCCCUCGAGGGUUGGAGAAAGCUUUUUAAAACUGGGAAGCUUUUUUCUCUCUCUCCACCAAAGGGGCGCUGCGUUCGAAGAUCGUUCUCGUCCUCCGAUGCAAUGACCAAUCUGCGGAAGUAACGUGCCAGCGCUCGCCACACUUCUGAGAAGCCCCAGCACCCCCCCAACCCCUCCGGCAAGGCAUGCAGUUGAACGGCAACACGACGGUCACGAUGGCCGCCUCGUCGGAACCGCCCGAGCCUCCGCCCCGCAAUCCGGACAAGAUCAAUGCAUCACUCAAGCAGCUGACCGAUGCGAAAACCCGUUCACUGGACACGGCAGAUAAGACGGCCGCCCCGCCCGUCACCGGUGUCCGCACGUUCCGGCCGAUCCUGUCGCUGGACAAUGCCAAACCCCUGCCGAAAGCGUUCGAAUCGGCCGGAACGCCCACGUCCGCCCCGGCCACGACCUUCAUCGGGGGCAAUAAAUCCAACAACAGUAGCAGCGAUUCCAGCACAACGCCGAGCGGGCCCGGUCCUAGCACGGGCGCAACCAGCAGCAGUAGCAACGAAAACAAUGCCGCGCGGACGUCCUCCAACGAGGUGGUGGCGGCGGCUGGCGGAAGCGCAACGAGUCCACCGGGGCCGGAAGAAUCAAUUGGCUCGAAAUUAAACUCUGGCAGCCAACAACCCACGCAAAUAUCGCCCACCCAGAGUGAACGCAGCAGUACCGGCAGUAAGGAUCAGAGCGGGGAUAACGCGGGGGACAACCUGUUCAAAAAUGGCGUCAAGGAUUUGGCGUCGCCCCAAACGACCAAGAUCCGGCACGAGAACGAGCGGCUGACGGCGGAGAUCACGCGGCUGAAAAAGCUGCUCGCCAACUCGCCGGACGGGGCCGUCGGCGGCGUCGACCCGCUGCUGUCCGACAGCAACAGCUUCGAUGCGCACUCGACCGACGACAGCGGCGGCCGGGUCGAGAAGCUCGAGAACGAGCUGCGGAUAUCGAAGGAGCUGAUCCAGAGUCUCAAGCUGGAGCGCAAAAAGCUCCGCUCGGACAAGUCCGACCUGCUGUCCCAGGUGAAGCAGCUGUGCGCGUCGCUCCAGGACAAGGAGCAAGAACUGAGGAAUUUCAUCCGUAACUUCGAGCAACGAAUACGGGAAACGGAGGUGAGCAGCGCCAAGCACAACUCGGAACGAGAACGCGAGCGGUGGUCCCUGCUGAAGCACGCCCGCGACGAAGCGGAACGUUCGAUCGCGCUGGCGGCCCAGCUGAACGCCCGGGAUAUCCAGCUGCAGCGAACCCAGGAACAGCUGCAGGAAGCGCGGCGGCAACUGUCCGGUUGUAUGUCCGACCAGGAAAGCUUGGUAUCGGCGGCUCCGUUGACGCCACCGUCGGGACACUUGAACCACACCCAAACGGCCACCGGAGGAUAUUCCAACAUCAGCGGAACUCCCGGCGAUCGUGGUUCGUGUAGUGCCGAUUCCGGUGUUAGAGAGCUUAUUGCAGGAAGCAGCGAUCGGGAGAGCGCCGCUGGAGAUCUGAACCUCAGUGACGGGCCCUGCGAGAACGGACCCUGCAUACAGGUAGACUCGGACAGUGUGUCACUAGUGUCCAGCCACCACAACAUGUACCAAUACGGAACACCGAAAGAACGAAGUCCGACGCUUUCGCCAUUGAACGCCGGGGCCUACUCGCGAUCAGUUGAUACGGCCGCACUUUCCAACUCCUUCCGUUCUGUUGAUCAGCUGGGUUCCCCAAUCGAGAACGAGAACCAAACCUUUGCCAGAAGACUGCAGCAGCAACAAUCUCAAUCAUCGCAAUCAUCCAAGACUGGCGCUGCCGGUGCCGUUGGUGGUGCCGGAACAAGCCUAACGGGCCGUACAGGCCGUGGCGGAACCUGGGGCAGUAUAUCGCGGGUGUUUGCCCGCAACCGGAACCGCAACAAGAGCAACCCGGUGGCGGAAACCGAACCCACCGACUUCCAGUGGAGUCCGCUGACAGAGGAAGGCUACGCGGAAAAGCUACGACUGCUGCGGGAAGCCUCCUCGAUGCCGAUGGAACGUUGGAGGGCUUCCCAGGUGCUGGCCUGGCUGGAAGUUGCCCUCGGAAUGCCCCAGUACAGUGCACGAUGCGCCGAAAACGUCAAGAGCGGCAAGGUCCUGCUCGAACUGAGCGAUGCCGAACUGGAAAGCGGCCUCGGAACGAGCCAUCCGAUGCACCGGAAGAAGCUGCGGCUAGCCAUCGAAGAGCAACGCCGUCCGGAGCUGGUCCGGUAUCCGACCAUUGGGCAGCUGGGUCACACCUGGGUCGCCUCCGAGUGGCUUCCGGACAUUGGUCUUCCACAGUACGGGGAAUCGUUCAUGCACUCGCUGGUGGACGCCCGCAUGUUGGACACCCUCUCGAAGAAGGAGCUGGAAAAGUAUCUCGGCGUGACGCGCAAGUUCCACCAGGCCAGCAUCGUACACGGAAUCCACGUGCUCCGGAUAAUGAAGUACGACCGGCAGUCGCUGGCCAUGCGGCGGCUGCAGUCGGAGAACGUCGACACCGAUCCGAUCGUGUGGACGAACCAGCGAUUCAUCCGCUGGGCGCGCUCCAUCGAUCUGGGCGAGUACGCUGACAACCUGAAAGAUAGCGGCGUUCACGGCGGCCUGGUGGUUCUGGAGCCGUCCUUCUCCGGCGACACGAUGGCCACGGCACUCGGCAUUCCUCCCUCGAAGAACAUCAUCCGGCGCCAUCUGGCGACGGAAUUCGAAACGCUCAUCCUUCCAGCAAGGGCCACUCUGGGCCAGGGGAUACGAACCGGCGGCGGCACCGUGGUCCCAAUCGCCAGCGGAAUCGGCAUGAUACCGAUGCCCGGAGAUCGACGCAAUACCGGCAGCUUGCGGUUUUCCGCCUGGAAAGGAUCACAGGGAUCCCUCACAAAAGCAUUCCGGAUAAGUUCCGGGUACAAGCCACGAGCGGGAGGCAGUGGCACCAGCAACGGCGGCGGCUCCGACAAAAACAGCGUCUACAGCUCGACAUCUCCGACGCCGUCGUACAGCAGCAGCGAGGGCGGAAUCUACGCCGCGGUCGGUUUCCAUCAGCUGCAUGGCCACCUCCCGCACCACCAUCUGCCUCCGCCCACGACGGCCCCUCCCCCCGUGCCAUCGUCCGGCGGUGGAAGCGGUGGCGUUCCCAGUCCACUGGCCACCGCCGACCAGAGGGCCAACUACCGGGUCAGCGCACCACCCAUGGACGGGUCCUCGUCGUCGUCCUCGAUGGCAACCCUGCCCAAGUACGGUUCGCAGCAUCGGCGCGUCAAAAGCAUCAGCGACAUCGAGGUGGCCGCGGCCGUUGGGUCCGGCUAAUUCCCUCGCUCGCUCGCUCUCUCUAAUCACACGCGAUUUCAUCUCAUCACACCACCACAAAGCGUAUUGAUGGCAGCUGUUGCAGUGCAGCGGUUGCAUAAAUACAGGCGCACGAACGGUAGAAAUGGGGGCGAAACGGCGCCAUCUGUUGACAAAUGUAGAAUUGGGCUGGAAGAGAACCGCAGUCGAAUGGAUCAUAGACAAAUAAUAUUAAAAAAAAAAAGUUCAAUGUUUUGAUUCAGUGAAAUAUUGUGUUUGUUUCAGUUAUAUUUUUAACAAAUCAUUUAAAAUUUCAACAUGUAUUAUAGAUUUUUAGAUUUUUUUAAAUUGCAAAACAAUUUAAGUAUUUGAACCAUACAAUUGGUCUGUCUGUGGUCCAUUGCGCAAAAAAAACUGAAAUCAAUUGUAAACCAAAAAUCACGCCCCGUGUACAACCGCAGAUUAACUAUGAAGCAGAGAAUUAUUAUUUUUAUGUUUGGUUGUGCGGUUAUCAAUGAAACCCAGUCCAAACGUGACUUUUACUUUGAUAACUAAAACUGAACCACAAAGGGUUUAGAUUGGUUCACAUUGUGAUUUGAAUAGUUCUACCCCGUAUUAAUAAUUCCGUUGUAAAAAAAAAAUCCAAACCAGACCAUUCCACAAAGCCACCGUCAAAACAGUAGAAGAGUCAACAUAUCAACUCGACCACUAUUCCAAAGAAACCCGUACAUUCCACAGAUGUAAUUCCACUGAACCGAAUAACAUAAACCGUAACCAAAGCUUGUGUAAACGAUCUUACAAUAACUGUUAGUAAAACAAAGCAAAACAAAACUCUUAUCUAUAAACCAAAGCCGAUCGCGAUGCGCAAACUUGCGCCCCAGAGUGAGAGCAAACAAGUCGAACUAAAAAAAAACCAGUCAUCACAAAUAUAUUCUUGUAAACCCGUACUGUUUGUAUUUAGUAGCAACCCAGAGUCGACGACGCAAAACCAACUACUAAAAAAAAGAGAGAUAAUCAAGUGCAUGUGGAAUAUUGAUAUUGAUAUCGGAAUUUCUGUCUAAUACUGCACAGGCUCAACACUGGCACAGCAAAGCGAAGUGAUUUAUUAUAAUCAGUAUCUGAUAGGGAAAUUGUUUAAUUCAAUAAAGUUAGGAACGCAGCUGCAUCUAAGAGAUAUUAAUUAUAUAUUUAAAAGAUAAAUUCAAGCACUCAAACGAUAGAUUGAAACGCAAAAAAAACAAGUCGCAAAACUAUUUAUAACUACGCUAUGUUAGAAUAACUUAUUGUAAUUGUAGUACUGAUGACAGAUAUGUAAAAACAAACUGCUAGAUAUUACAUUUCUUAUCUGAUGGUCAAACUAAUGCAAUGAAAUAUAAAUUCUGGAAACUGUAAA